AUGGUCGUUGGAGAUAUCAACCUUGAAAUGGUAAAUGGAGACAUCAAAUUUGGAAUGUCCAGUGGAGAUAUCAACCUUGAAAUGGCCGUUGGAGAUAUCGACCUUGAAAUGGUAAGUGGAGAUAUCAACCUUGGAACGGUCAGUGGAGAUAUCAACCUUGGAACGGUCAGUGGUGAUAUCAACCUUGGAACGGUCAGUGGUGAUAUCAACAUUGGAACGGUCAGUGGAGAUAUCAACCUUGAAACGGUCAAUGGAGAUAUCAACAUUGGAACGGUCAGUGGAGACAUCAAAUUUGGAAUGUCCAGUGGAGAUAUCAACCUUGAAAUGGCCGUUGGAGAUAUCGACCUUGAAAUGGUAAGUGGAGAUAUCAACCUUGGAACGGUCAGUGGAGAUAUCAACCUUGAAAUGGCCGUUGGAGAUAUCGACCUUGAAAUGGUAAGUGGAGAUAUCAACCUUGGAACGGUCAGUGGAGAUAUCAACCUUGAAACGGUCGAUGGAGAUAUCAACAUUGGAACGGUCAGUGGAGAUAUCAACAUUGGAACGGUCAGUGGAGAUAUCAACAUUGGAACGGUCAGUGGAGAUAUCAACCUUGGAACGGUCAGUGGAGAUAUCAACCUUGGAACGGUCAGUGGAGAUAUCAACAUUGGAACGGUCAGUGGAGAUAUCAACCUUGGAACGGUCAGUGGAGAAAUCAACCUUGAAAUGGUAAAUGGAGACAUCAAAUUUGGAAUGUCCAGUGGAGAUAUCAGCAUUGGAAUGGUCAUUGGAGAUAUCAACCUUGGAACGGUCAGUGGAGAUAUCAACCUUGAAACGGUCAGUGGAGAUAUCAACCUUGGAACGGUCAGUGGAUAUAUCAACCUUGGAACGGUCAGUGGAGAUAUCAACCUUGGAACGGUCAGUGGAGAUAUCAACCUUGGAACGGUCAGUGGAGAUAUCAACAUUGAAAUGGUCAGUGGAGAUAUCAACCUUGAAACGGUCAUUGGAGAUAUCAACCUUGGAACGGUCAGUGGAGAUAUCAACAUUGGAAUGGUCAGUGGAGAUAUCAACCUUGAAACGGUCAUUGGAGAUAUCAACAUUGGAAUGGUCAUUGGAUAUAUCAACCUUGGAACGGUCAGUGGAGAUAUCAACCUUGGAAGGUCAGUGGAGAUAUCAACCUUGAAACGAUCAGUGGAGAUAUCAACCUUGAAACGGUCAUUGGAGAUAUCAACAACAUUGGAACGGUCAGUGGAGAUAUCAACCUUGAAGUGA